AUGAUGCGUGCUCUCCCCAUCGCAUUAUGCAGUAUCGUCCUAUCCUGGACAACAACGGUACUCGGCCAGCUCCAAUUCACGGAACCCGAUGGAUCGAAAAAGGAUCUAACGCAAACUUACACCGUCGGCGACACAAUGAAUAUCAAGUGGAAAGAAGGCUGGUCUGGGAUAGGUGACGCACCGGGGUUUGUUGAUCUAUGGGUAACGUGGUUUGAAUCGGACUCUUACAAUUUACUGUUACUCGCCAAUAUAACCCUGACGCAAGGCGGAUUCCUCCCCUGGAAAAUAAACGUGACAAACGAAGCCGCAACCGCCGACGAAAAGUUCGUGCUAAGAUUCCGUCCGCACCGCGAUCCAAAAGAUUACAGCUUCAAAGGUCCCAUGGCGCCGAGUCGCGGGUUCCGGAUUAAAGCCAGUUCUUCAUCAUCCUCUUCUUCUUCGUCAUCGUCUGGAUCGGCGACGGCUGCGAACGCGCCUACGGAUUCGGCAGGGACGCUUUCUGGUUCUUCAUUGUCGACUUCGGAGGGAAGUGGUUCAGGUUCUACAUCACAGACUCCACCACCAGACGCGUCGAACGCGGGCACGCGCCAUCCGCUCGAUAGGCCGAAGUCAACGCCCUUGGGAGCGAUCGUAGGUGGAGCGAUUGGCGGGAUGGUUGCGCUUGUUGCGCUCGGUGGAGGGGCGUUUAUGCUGUUUAAGAGAUGGAAGAAGGCGAAGGGUCCAGAUGAGUCGGCGGCGGCAUAUGUCGCUACCAGAGAUGGUGGUGCUGGAGGGAGGUCUGCUGGCGAUGCUCCCGAACUCGUGCAACAUGGUGGGAAUCAUCAGGAAGUAACUUCGUAUUAUGCGCCUGUGAAAUACGCGGCACAUGGUGGGACUGCAGAGUUGGAAAGCGUGGAGCGACCUGUGGAAAUGGGAACUCAAGGGCGUGAUGGGCGAUGA